CUUCUCUUCUCUCUCAACCUCUCAUCACCAAACUCAUCAUAAUCUCUUUUCUCAACAUACCCAGAAGCUAAAGAUGGAAUCUUUGAACAUGAAUUACACCUCUUUAGAUCAUGAUCUAGCCAUUAGAAGAUUUUGUCCAGCUAGAGUUGAAGAAGAGCAAGGAGAAUGGGAAGAGAUAUUGAAUGAAAUUGAGAUGUGUUCUUCACCAACAAUAACAAAUCCAAAUAACAACAAUGGUACUAAUACUCCUCUUUUGGAAGCUUGGGAAAUCGAUGAAUUCGUCGAUAGCUUCAUCAACAUGGAUGAGCAUUAUGAUGACAACAACAGCAGCAGCAACAACAACAACAAAGAUUCACCACCACAAGAUGAUGGCUCGCCGGUUGAGGUUGAGACUGAUGUCGGUUUGGUGGUAAUGCCUAGUGUUGAAGAGGCUAAUCAUGGUGUGGAUCAAGGGCUUCACUUGGUUCACAUGUUGUUAGCUUGUGCUGAGGCUGUUGGCUGCAGAGACACCCAACUUGCAGACUCAAUGCUCAAUCAAAUCUGGUCUUCGGUUACUCCUUAUGGCGAUUCUUUACAAAGGGUGUCUUAUUGUUUUGCUAAUGGACUUAAGUCAAGGCUCUCAUUUCUCCAAAACAAUGUCAACACAAAUGGUACAUUUAUGAAUGGUUCAAUGGAGUUUUCUGUUUCUUUGGAGGAAAAGAUUGAAGCUUUUCAACUACUUUACCAAACAACUCCUUUCAUUGCACUUGGGUGUAUGGUUGCAAAUGAAGCUAUAUGUCAAGCUGCAACAAACAAAGAUUAUCUUCAUAUCAUUGAUUUGGGAAUGGAACAUACUCUUCAAUGGCCAUCUUUGAUUAGAACUCUUGCAUCAAGACAAGAAGGCUCACCGAAACAACUUCGAAUCACAGGCCUAAUUGAUGAAGAUCAAACCCUUGUUGCAGAGCUAAAAACAAGCAUGAAUUCACUAGUGGAAGAAGCUAACUCAUUAGGUGUAACAUUAAAGUUCAACCUCAUAUCAGAGCAAGUAACACCAUCACUUUUCACUAAAGAAAAGUUAGACUUAAGAGAAGAAGAAGGGGAAGCAUUGUUUUUCAAUGGCUUCAUGCAUUUACACAAGUAUGUUAAAGAGAGCAGAGGUUCACUAAAGUCAAUCCUUCAAUCCAUAAAGAAACUUUCUCCAACAUUGUUUACAAUUGUUGAACAAGAUGCAAACCAUAAUGGACCAUUUUUUCUUGGGAGAUUCUUGGAGUCCCUUCAUUACUAUUCAGCGAUUUUCGAUUCACUCGAGGCUAGUCUCCCUAGAAAUAGCCAGCAGAGGAUGAAGAUUGAGAGGCAUCAUUUUGCAGAGGAGAUAAGGAACAUUGUGGCAUUUGAAGGGCCAAGUAGGAUUGAGAGACAUGAAAGAGUUGAUCAAUGGAGGAGACAGUUAGGGAGAGCAGGGUUCCAAGUGUUGGGAUUGAAGUGUUUGAGUCAAGCUAGGAUGAUGUUGUCUGUUUAUGGUUGUGAUGGUUACACUUUGAGUACUGAAAAGGGUUGUUUGUUGCUUGGUUGGAAAGGGAGACCUAUAUUGCUGGCAUCUGCUUGGCAAGUAAACAAUGUUCAUUCUUCUUCAUAGUAGUUCUCUCUCUCUCUUGGAUAAUAUAUUUCAUCUUCAA